AUGAAAUCUUCAAAAAUGAUUAGAAAAUCUGUUACCUCUGCCUCCAGAAGCAUUUCAACAAAUUCAUCAUGUCUGGCACACACAACAACAACUUCCGGAGCCAAGUUGCACUACUCGACAAGUACGAUGCAUGAUCGUCAUGGCACAACCAAGAAUUGUUUAUUUUCAUCAUCCUCUCGCUCCAUGAUGAUGAUGAACGUAAAUUCUUCUCAUGCCUCUGCGUUGCUUGUUCGUGGCUUAUCAAGAACACAACCCAUCUCUUCAUCUUACCAUACCAAUCAAUCUGUAACAAGAGAAGAAGUCAAGAAACCACUCUUUGAUAAGAUUCUCAUCGCCAACAGAGGUGAAAUUGCCUGCAGAGUGAUUAAAACAGCUAAAAAGCUCGGUAUUCAAACGGUUGCAGUGUAUAGUGAAGCCGAUGCCAAUUCCAUGCAUGUAGCAAUGGCUGAUGAAGCCUACUUGUUAGGUCCACCUGAAUCUAGCCGAUCCUAUCUAUUGGGUGAGAAGAUUAUUGAAAUUGCCAAGAAGAGUGGAGCUCAAGCCAUUCAUCCAGGUUAUGGUUUCCUCUCUGAAAACGCCAAUUUUGCUAGCCUUUGUGCAAAGAAUAGAAUUGUGUUUAUUGGACCACCUGAAGGAGCAAUCAUUGCGAUGGGCUCAAAGAGUGAAAGUAAGAAAAUUAUGGAAAAGGCCAAGGUUCCAGUCGUUCCGGGCUAUCAUGGUGAUGAACAGGGAGAAGAGAAAUUGUUAGAAGAGGCAAAGAAGAUUGGCUUUCCAGUUUUGAUUAAAGCAGUGAUGGGAGGAGGAGGAAAGGGAAUGAAAUUGGCCAAGAGUGAAAAGGAAUUCAAAGAAGCUUUGUCUUCGGCAAAACGUGAAUCGAAAGCAUCCUUUGGUGAUGACCGGGUAUUGAUUGAGAAAUAUAUUCAAACUCCUCGUCACAUUGAAAUUCAAGUUUUUGCAGAUACUCUCGGAAAUUGUGUCUAUCUCUUUGAAAGAGAUUGCUCUGUUCAGAGAAGACAUCAAAAGAUUAUUGAAGAAGCACCUGCACCAGGAUUGGACGAUGCUGUCAGAAAGGCCAUGGGUGAAAGUGCUGUAGAUGCCGCUCGUGCUGUCGGCUAUGUUGGUGCUGGUACUGUUGAAUUUAUCAUGGACAAUGAUGACCAGAAAUAUUACUUUAUGGAAAUGAAUACACGACUUCAAGUUGAGCACCCUGUGACUGAAAUGAUUACAGGACAAGAUUUAGUCGAAUGGCAAAUUGAAGUUGCAUCAGGCAAUAGAUUACCUUUACUCCAGAAAGAUUUGAAGAGACGAGGUCACUCAUUUGAAGCUCGUAUUUAUGCUGAAAACCCAGAAAACAAUUUCUUGCCUGGAACUGGUACAUUACGUUAUUUGAGUCCUCCUGAGGAAGUUGAGGGUGAAGUUAGAGUUGAAACUGGAGUGAGACAAGGCGAUGAGGUUUCUAUUUAUUAUGACCCAAUGAUUGCAAAACUUGUGGUUUGGGGAGAAAAUAGAGAAUUGGCUCUCCGUAAAUUGGUUUCAUGCUUGAACAGAUAUCAUAUUUCUGGAUUGACAACAAACAUUGAAUUUUUGAAGAGAUUGGCUACCAAUCAAAGAUUUAGAAAUGUUGAAUUGGAGACUCACUUUAUUCAAAAGUAUUACAAUGAGCUUUUCCCAGAAAAGACGAUUGAUGAUUCCAUCUUCUUGUUGGCUACUCUCUCCUUAAUUGUUAGAAAUGACCGUCACACAACUCGAUCAAGCGAUCCAUUUGAUCUUCUCAAAGGUCUGAGAUUCAAUCAUAACCAUGAUGAGAACUUUGAGUUCCACCAUCCAUACAAUAAGGAUCAAGUGGUUUCAGUGAGUGUUGAACACUUGUGGGAUCCAACCUCAACAACUAAGUUUGUCAUGAAAAUUGGAAACAAUACUCAUGUUGUGAGUGGAGCCUACGAUGCCACAACAAAGGAAAUUGUUGCAUUUGUUGAUGAUAGAAAGUUCCACAGUACUCUUGCAUUCAGUAAUGACCAAAAGACCAUUUACAUUUUCACCAGAGAUGGUCAACGAUAUGAAAUUGUCCCAGUUUUGGCUGCAUUUGAACAAAAGGGAGGAGCUCACAUGGGAUCCUUAAAGAGUCCAAUGCCUGGAAAAGUCACAGCUGUUAUGGCCAAGGAAGGCGACAAGAUUGUCAAGGGAGAUACUAUCCUCGUCAUGGAGGCCAUGAAGAUGGAACACAAGAUUGUUGCACCAAAAGAUGGUGUUAUUAAGAGUUUACCUUAUAGUGUUGGAGAUUUGGUUCAAGGUGAAGCUGUUUUGGCUGUUUUGGAGUAA